CUUCAGAAUUACCCUCAUCUUCCGCCUCACCUUCCGACUACCUCCAGCUUCACCUUCAGUCUCAGUUUUAACUUUAGCUUCAUUUUCAAUUUAAUUACAGGCUCCAACUUCAACUUCAACUUUACCUUCACCUUCACCUUCACCUUCAUCUUCUCGUCCACUCACUCCGAGCCGCCUCAGCUGCGUCCCCCAGCAAACUUAUCGUCCCGGAGGCUCCGGCAACCGAGAAAAUUGCACAGUUACCGAGCCAUGAGAGGCCAGAUAACACGAAGCACUGCAUCAAGUUCACUCUUCUGCUCUACUUUCGCCGGCCACGCGCAUGAUUCUUCAACUUGUUGCGCCAGACAUCAACUACCCUUUGAUGUCCAAUUGACUCUCAAUCAUCUUUGCUUUACUAAAACUUUCUAA